AUGGAGCGGAGACUCAGCAGCACCCCGGCCACAGAGCUGGACAAGUUUAUAAAGAACCACCUAAUGCCUAACCCUACCUUCCGAACUAAGGUCAAAGCAGCCAUCAACGCCAUAAGUACUUUCCUGAUUAAGAAUUGUUUCAGUGAUGCCAACCAAGGAGAGAAGGUCUCCAAAGUGGUGAAGGGUGGCUCCUCAGGUACAGACACUGAGCUGAAGGGCAGGUCGGAUGCUGAGCUUGUGGUCUUUGUGAAGAAUCUCACCAGCUUUGAGGAUCAGGUGAAGCGAUGGGGAGAGUUCAUCAAGGAAAUUGAGAAGCAGCUGCGCAAGUUACAGCAUAAUAAAGAAUUUGAACUGAAGUUUGAGAUUAAGAGUGAAAAAUGGCCAGACUCUUUGGCUCUCAACUUCAAGCUGAGCUCCCCUGAGCUCCAGCAGGAGGUGGUGUUUGAUGUGCUGCUCGCCGAUGAUUUCCUGGAUGGUGUCAGCACUGAUGGGAGACCUAAGCCUGAUAUCUACAAAAGCCUCAUCCAGAAGUGCACCUCCCUGGGGCUGGAGGGUGAGUUCUCCACAUGCUUCUCCGAGCUCCAGAGAAACUUCGUGAAGGAUCGUCCACCCAAGCUGAAGAAUCUCAUCCGCCUGGUCAAACACUGGUACCAACUGUGUAAGGAGAAGCUGAGGAAGCCACUGCCCCCACAGUAUGCCCUGGAGCUGCUCACAGUCUAUGCCUGGGAACAAGGGAGUGGAGUCACUGAGUUCAACACAGCCCAGGGCUUCCGGACAGUCUUGGAACUGGUCACCAAGUACAGGCAGCUUCGAAUCUACUGGACAAAAUAUUAUGACUUUCAAGAUCAAGACAUCGCCAACUGGCUGCACAGACAGCUCACAAGAGCCAGCCCUGUGAUCCUGGACCCAGCUGACCCAACAAGGAAUGUGGCUGGUUCUAACCCAGUGGGAUGGUGGCUGCUGGCAGUAGAAGCUGUGGCCUGGCUGGAUUACUCAUGUGUUAAGAAUCGUGAGAAGUCCCAGGGGUGCUCCUGGGCUGUGUCGCCCCAAGUUCCUGUGCCACCGCAACAGGUGAACGAGAACCAGAAUUUGUGCCUUCUGUGA